AUGGGGGAGAGAAAAUAUGAUAGAGAUAGUGGGAGAAAAUAUGAUAGACACAUAGGAAUUCCACUAUGUGCAUUCAUACAGCAAAUAUUUGCCUUGCACAUGACCAGAAAAAACAUACAAAAGGUCUUAAAUGAGUGUGUUGAAGCUGAGAACUGGCUUAGGGAGAAGAAGCAGCAGGACUCACUUCCAAAAUAUGCCAAUCUUGUACUCUUGUCCGCUGAAAUAAGAAAGAAAGCUGAGGCUGUUGAUAGGUUCUGCAAGCCGAUUAUGACAAAACCAAGGCCAGCCAAGCCAGCUACGCCGCAGACACCACCAACCCCACCUUCUAAGGGUGGUGAGCAGCAGCAACCUCAGGGGGAUGCUAAUGCCAACACUCGUGAGAAUGUAGGGGAUAACGGUAAUCAGGCCCCACCAGCUUCUUCUGAACCAAUGGAGACUGAUAAGCUAGAGAACUCAGGCUCUACCUAAUCUUUUUAUGUUGGUUUGUUCUCAUCUCAAGUUCAUGCUAGACUGGUGGGUAGUGUAUAUCUACUACCUUGUGUAUGAUAAUCAUAUCAGUUCAGUUUGGCCUGGAAAAGUGGUUUUGGUUUUGGGCAGGAUCACAGUGAGUGGCUGUCUGGUGUAGAACCCUUUGUUUGUUGGCUGGUUAGUUACUUGAGUUUCAAUCAACAUUAUUAUGAUGGUCUCUAGAAUCCAGACUUUUUCAAAAAAAAAAGGUUUUGAAGAGAAAAUUAUUAUGUUUGGUCUGUCUUCCCAAAUGCGGUGGGAAUAUGCCAAAUUGACGUUAUCCAAGUUUAUAGAUUAUGUGUAACCAUUUUUAGAUUAUAAUGUUACUUUCCCCUACAGGACCUUAAUUUCAUUUUAU